GUGCUUCGAUGUACGACAGGCGACGGGCCAACCGCCAGCUCAAGAUCCGGCUACUCCAGGCUGAAGUGGUGGAGACUCUCCUGUAUGGGUGCGCCUCGUGGAGCCUAACAGCGGAGCACUACACGAAGCUCAAUGGGACCCACCGCCAGUUCCUUACACGGUGCAUCGGCUGGAGCAAGCGGAAACGCUCAGACCGCCCCCUGUCCUAUGCCCAGGCAGGCUGCGAGGAAACCAUCGAGGCCACCGUGCGCAAACGGAGACUGUGUUUCGCGGGCUUUAAUAUGCGCAUGGAGGACACCCGCCUCCCCAAGCGCAUGCUGUUAGGAGCGAUGGCGGGGGGCGUGGGAUACCGGGGCGGGCAGGAGAGCGACUGGGUGUCUCGUCUAGGAGAGGACCUCGUGGCCUUCAACAUGGGUGACGAAAAGGAAGGGGGUAAAUGGAAAGUGAGCGCCAAGGACCCGGAGGUGUGGUACAACAAGGUCGAGGACGGGGCGGCAUGGUUGAUGAGGAAAUGGCACAGGCAGGAGGCGGAAGCGUCCGCGAAGCGCCAGCGCGCGAGGGAUGCAGAAGCAGAGAGUAUGGCCUCAGGACCGAAGAGAAAGAGAGCCGGGGAAGCGGCGGUGGGGGGGAAGAAACGGUGACCGGGCACUGCUGUAGAAGCGAGUAGGGCGGCCGAGGCAGCACGUGUGGCGAACUAUGUACCCGGCUGAUGUUGUUGCGCCCUGUUUCCCUCCCUGCUGUAUGCUAUACUCCUUUGUGUAUGUCCUUUGUAUUGCCUUCGGCCUCUGUGCUGUGUUUCCUUUUUUCAUGACCUCCCUGCCUACUCUGCUGUGUUGGGUACCUUGAUCUCGCUUUGUUGUUUCUGUUGCCUUUGUUUUUGUACGUCUGGCUGCCUGCCCAUCUGCCGCCUCUUUGUCCUGUUUGCUCCGUUACUCCCAUGCCCUGUUGCGUAAUGCCUGGUGCUGGUACGUUACCCUUUGAUUAUGGAUUUUUUCUUUGGGUGGGUGUGGGAAGCGUCCUCCUUUAUUUUUGUUUUUGUUUUAUUUUGAUCGGUUUCCGACGGCUCUUGUCUCGAACGGUCGGUGCGAUACCUGUUCUUU